AUGCUAAAGCUUGGAAAGGUUGUUGCGAAAAAAGCCACCACUUUGAUCGAGGUGAGGUCCUUUGAAUUAGACCCACUCGGAUGGUCCUUAACUGCAGCUACUAUAGAGUUUAAUAUAAGUAAGGAUGCUUGUGCAAAAGGCUGAUUCAGAGAAGCAUAUAGGUAGGUGCGACUGAUUAAAAAGAAAAACAUGGUGGCGAUCAUGGUAUUUGUUUGUUUAUGUACCGAGCCAUCACCCGCCUCGGGCAAGCUCUGUCUAAGCUGAAUUUAGGGUAUUUGAGGUUCUAAAUAGAUUAUUACUUUCUUAAGGGGUAAAGGUGGUUUUUGCGCUGAUCACAAUGGUUGUGACCCCUUACAUAGUUAUGGAAACAAUACCCCACCCCUUACAUAUUGCACAUUCAAGUGGUAACCACUUUUUUUUAAUAUGAUAAUAAAAAAUAAUGUCAAAAAUUGUAAGAGAAUACAGUUCCUUUUUAUUUUGUAUCUUCCAGCUUUUCCAAGUAAUGCUUGGGUGGUAAAUUUUCAUCAUGUCUACCUGCCUCUCCCACCCAUGGCAUUUUUCAUUGGAAAGCUGCCAAAAAUAUUUGUCGGGCUUUGAAAAUGUGAAAUUCAAAGGUGAAUUAGACCAGAUAAAAGAGUUUGGGUCAAAUUUUCUUACAGGGCAACAAGUCAUAAUGAAGCAUUUGCUGGCAAAACAUGGGUUGUGAAAAGAUACUUACCAGAAGCACUAAAAGCAAUACAAGACACAGGUCAGACAGCUGUAGUACAUACGAAGAAGGUUGUUCAAAUGCAUAUGCUUGCAAAAAAUUUUGCCGAUCAGUUGGCUCAGAAAAUAAAGAAAGAUGAUCUUUUAGAGUUUGGCCAAGCACUGCAGUAUGGAAAGGUUUACUUUGGGAGAGAUCUGGAUAAGGACGGCUAUGUCACUGUUGAGGAGUACAUUGAGGGGAACUUUGUAAAAUACAUUAACAACACUGGCAAGGUGUGUGACAAAAGUACAUUGUCAGAAAAAGCUCAGUGCCUUGCUAUCUUUAGUUAUGAGAAAUCAAACCAUAAGUUAAUGGUCCUUGAUAUCCAGGGCACAGGCCACAAGCUGUAUGAUCCUGAAAUAGCCUCCUCAGAAUUGGUUGAAAAGGAUGAAUUCCUGUUUUCGACAGGUAACCUUUCUCAAACAGCUAUAGAUUGUUUUGUUAGCUGUCAUCAUUGCAAUAUUUACUGUAAAAGCUUACAUUUGCAAGAACUAAUUAAGCAGUAG